AUGCCCGAGCCGCCGGCCAAAAAGGCCAAGUCGAACGCGACGCUGACCAAGUCGACCUUGUCGAAGACGCCGGAGAGGAAGUCGAAAGAAUCGCCGGGAGGACCGAAGGGGACACCCGGGAAGAAGGCCAGGCCCAGGAGGGAUGCAAACACAGUCCCCCGCACGUGGCUCCGGACGGGUACGGUGAUUGUGACAGAGAAAGGGAAAUAUCGAGUGAUCGGUCGAUUGGGACAAGGAGGAUUCGGAAGUGUCUAUAAAAUGGAAGAACAGAACACAAAGGCCGUUCUCGCAAUGAAGACCGAAUUCUACGAUCUUGUCAUGCCACUCACACGGCUUCAUGUUGAGGCUGAGGUGUUGGGCAGGAUCUCGAAGCUCGAUCCAUCGAAACGUCAACACUUCUUGAACUACAUCGACAAGGGCCGCAGCAGCGUGCUUGACGUCAAGUUUCUGAUGAUGGAGAUGUGCUCCCUAUCGCUGUCGGAUAUUCGAUACAUCGUCGCCGAGGACAAGACGUUCAGCAAGUCGACCAUCCUGCAAGCUGGCAAACAAACGAUGCAAGGGAUCUGGGAUCUGCAUGAAGUGGGCUUUGUCCAUCGAGAUCUGAAGCCGGGGAAUUGUGCCGUCGGGCUGGGCGACAAGGACAAGAUCAUCUACUUGCUCGAUUUUGGCAUUGGAAGGGCGUUGAGGACGGCCAGUGGACAGAUGAGAAAACCACGACCCCAAGCCCCAUUUGUGGGCACUUGUCACUAUUGUUCGGUGGAUAUUCUGUCGGGCAAAGAUGCCUCGUGGAAAGAUGAUAUCGAGUCGUGGCUGUACAUGAUGAUGGAUCUGUGGGACUCGAAAAUGAUGCCCCUGGUGAUGAAUAUGAAAGACAGAAGGGGCGCCACGCUCACGGCAAAGAAGAAAUUCUGGAAGGAAAAGAACUGGAAGAACGGGUUUCCGGAAGUGCUCUCCGGACUGUACGCCUCGUUGAAUCAGCUGAAAUGGGGCGAAACGCCCGAUUACAAACUGAUUAUGGCCGGAAUCGACAAAGUAGCGGAGGAGUUGAAGGUGAACCUGUCGGACCCGUUGGAUUGGGUGGGAAAGAUUGAAGAAAAGAAGAAAAAGGCCCAAAUCGAAAAGAAGAAGAAGGACGCCGAGAUGAAGAAGGUCAAAGCUGCCGAAGAAGCCGAAGAAAAAGAGCGAAAGAAAGAGAGGGAAGAGAGAGAGAAAGAGCAGGACAAAGACAGAGAAGAAGCCCUGAAGAUUGCCAAUGAGGAUGAUGCGGCGGAUCCCGAGGAGGAGGAUGACCCAUUUGCGAAGCUGAAACGCGUCCCGUCGAAGCACCGAACCACU